AUGACUUUGCGAAUACGAUUUGGUUUAAGAUCAGAAAAAAAUGGUAAGGUUUCAAUGGGAUUAGUAGAAUUAACACGUCGUGAAGUCUUUUCGGCCAGUCAUCGCUUACAAAAUGCGUCAUUGAGUGAUAUUGAAAAUGAACAGUUGUAUGGUAAAUGUAACAAUUUGAAUGGUCAUGGGCAUAACUAUACUUGGGAAGUAACACUUCGAGGACCAAUCAAUCCAAAAUCUGGAAUGGUGUAUAAUUUGGCUAAUCUGAAAAAUGAAAUGAAAAGCGUAUUGGAUGAAGUGGAUCAUAAGAAUUUGGAUAAAGAUGUUGUUUAUUUUAAAAAUAACGUAAGUACCACUGAGAAUUUGAUCGUUUAUUUAUGGGAUGAGCUGAAAUCAAGAAUAAGAAAUCCUGAAUUACUUUACAAAAUGAUUUUGCAUGAAACUGAAAAAAAUUCGGUUACCUAUCAUGGAUAG